UAUUUUUACGCGGCAAGUCAACGAACUUUGAAGAAAAAUUAUUUAACUAUUAUUAUUAUUUAACCCCGUUUUUUAACUCGUUAUGACGAGUAAAGCGGAUUAAAAGAUGAAUAAAGAUUUAUCAAAGUUUACCGAUGUUAUUGACGAGAUAUGCGACUCACAACCGCUAGAAAUAUGCGAUUCGCAACCCCUAUCUCUCACAUCGUCAAAUAACACACCGGUACCACAAGAAGAUCCUUUACCGAAAUCAUAUCGACCAGAAAAAUGCACCGGGCAGAGUGGAAACUUUCGCAGUGUGGAAGAAAUUGAUCCUAAAUACCAGCAUGUCUUCGCAUAUCGUUAUUUCAACAUAGUCCAGUCGGGCGUCAUAGAAGAUGCAUUGUAUUCAAACAAAUCGAUAGUAGUGUGUGCGCCUACAGGCUCGGGAAAAACUGUGGUCUUUGAAAUGGCCAUAGUCCAGCUGCUAAUGGAGCUAGAAGACAGGAAUUAUACGGGCGAUUUUAAAAUUAUAUACAUGGCGCCAGUAAAAGCCCUAUGUACGGAGAGGCUCACUGAAUGGCACUCCAAGUUCACGAGGCUUGGUCUCCUUUGUAUCGAAGUAACAGGAGACACAGACGUCGAGUUUCCACAAUUACAGCCUUACAGAAUCAUCAUAACAACGCCAGAGAAGUGGGACAUGCUCACUCGCAGAUGGAAAGAUCACAGGGGUCUAGUUGAAGUGGUCAAACUAUUUCUGAUAGAUGAAGUGCACAUAUUGAAUGACGAAAUACGAGGACCUGUUUUAGAAGCAGUUGUUAGCAGAAUGAAAACUAUCGAAACAUCAGUACAAUCAGCGCAUCGUAUAGAACAAUUGCAAGCCCAAUUCCAAGGCGCGGGUGUGCAGCGUCAAGAAUCCCCUCCUAGGAUACGUUUCGUAGCUGUUUCGGCUACAGUCAGUAAUCCUGAAGACGUGGCCGCCUGGCUCGGAAGUAGUGAACAACCUGCUGCUUAUUACAAGUUUGGAGACGAAUGCAGGCCAGUGAAACUAAAGCGUGUCGUGGAAGGUUAUCCUUGUCCAGUCGGCACCAGUAUUUUCAAAUUUGAUAUCAUUCUCAACUAUAAACUUUUGCCAAUCAUUCAGAAGUAUCACAACGGAAAACCUACUUUGAUAUUUUGUAACACUCGGAAAGGCGUAGCGCUCACAGCAGAAACGUUGUCACGGGAAAUGACAAUUAGCUUCAACGCGGAACAGAAGGCCGAGCUGGUUGCACUGGCUUCAACGUUGAAAAAUAAGAAAGUUCAGUCCCUUGUGCUGUGUGGCGUUGGAUGCCACCACGCGGGGUUGCUCUACGAGGAGAGGACGAAUAUCGAACAAGCUUUCCGAAACAGAGAUCUUCCAAUUCUCGUCACUACUACCACUUUAGCUAUGGGUGUCAACUUACCUGCCCAUCUCGUAAUAAUAAAGAAUACUCAGCAGUAUGUGAACGGAGCUUAUCAGGAAUACAGCAUCAGUACGGUUCUGCAAAUGGUUGGUCGCGCAGGCCGGCCGCAAUAUGACACUGAAGCUACCGCUGUCAUUAUGACGAGACUACAGGAUAAGACGCGCUAUCAAGCUUUAGUAGGAGGCUGCGAGGCGUUGCAGAGCUACUUGCACAAGCGUUUAGCAGAGAACUUGAAUAGUGAAGCUGCCCUGGGUACAGUGGGUGACGUAGCUCAAUGUGUGCAAUGGGUUAACUCCACCUUCUUCAGCGUGAGGGCUGCACGUGAUCCGAAGAGAUACCUCAGUCUACCGCCCGCUGCCCCCGCAGAGCUCAUCUCUAAGAAGAUAGAAGAGCUUUGUGUAAGAGCAAUGAACGGCCUAGCCAGCGCCGGGCUAAUUACAAUGGACGAACUUAGUUGUAUAGAGUCGACGGAAGCUGGACGGUUGAUGUCGCUCUACUACCUAGAUUUGGAGACUAUGAAGCUUAUUAUGAAGUUAGAUGGCACGGAGGGUCUCGAGCGCCUGUUAUGGCUGGUAUGUGAGAGUCACGAACUGGCGGAUAUGCAUCUGCGCGUGGACGAGCGGCGCUGUCUCAACGCGCUCAACAGGAACAGCGCCGCCGCCACCAUACGCUUCCCGAUGAAGGGCAAGAUCAACAGCCGCCAGAUGAAACUCAGCUGCGUCAUCCAAGCCGUCCUAGGUUGCCUGCCCAUCCCAGAUCCUUCACUCAACCAAGAAGCUAUGAAAAUCAUGAGAGUCGCCGACAGGGUUUGCAAAUGUUUGGUUUCAUACGUGACUCGGCCCAAUUUAAUUUCUCAAAACCCAAAAUUCUACUCGACAAUUCUGAACUCAUUGGUAUUAGCAAAAUGCAUAUCCGCUCAUCUAUGGGAGAAUUCGCCUUAUGUGUGUCGACAACUGAAGGGAAUAGGACCAACUUACAGCACUCUGCUUGCAUCUGCUGGGAAAACCAACUUUAUGGUCUUGGAGGAAAGUCAUCCCAGAGAUUUGGAGAGGAUAAUGAACAAAGGUCCUCCCGCUGGUAAUUUACUCAGAAAACAAAUAAGUUUGCUCCCAAAAUACAAUCUAACUAUGACGCCCGUCAGUGAGAGGAUUGUGCGCAUUCAACUAUUAUUAAUGAAUCAGGCGCACUUAGCUGAAAAUAUGGAAAACUUGACGGCCGGUGCCAAUCAUAAGAGUUAUGUUGUCGUGGGAGACUCGGAAAACUAUCUUCUAUACUUCAAAGCCUUCAAGGAAUCUGAUCUAAUAAGCGUUUACGACGGAAGCAUGGCGUUUGAGAUAACCAGGAAACAUACUGAUGAACACAAAGUGUUCGCUCACUGCAUCAGUUCAACUUUAGUUGGCAUUGAUGAAAAGUGCGAAUAUACGUUCGUGGAUAUAAAUCCUUUACCUGAAAUAAAUGUAACUGAUAAUAACAUCUCAAUACAUGAAACUUUGGAAAAUCCUCAUCACAUGCACCAAACAACUAUAACUGAUGUUUUCAAACAGCGAAAAAGGAAGCUUUUUAAUGAGAACGACAUAAUCCAGUGUAAGGAAAAAAGAAAAAGGGAUAAUAAAUUGAUGAAUACAUUAAAGUCCCUCAAAGAGUCUUUAGAAAAAAGUUCAGAUGAAAUUAAAGUGGGCUUUACCACAAAAUCUGAUAUAUCUAACAACUUGCAAAAUUUAACAAAAACAAAUUUACCUUUAAAUGAAAAAAUUGUCACAACAAUAUCACUCAAUCAUGUAAAAGAUGAUCAAUAUGAAAAUCAAUCACUUGAAAAUGCUUUUUCGGAAGAUUUUGAAAUGGAAAAUUUAGAUAUAGAUGAGCAAGAAAUUGAGGGAAUUUUGGGUGAAAUAGAGGAUGAAAUAAAAUAUAGGAAACCUAUUAAUUCUGUAGGAUUAAAAGCAGAACCUAAACCAUCAAAGCAAAAUCAAUUCGCUAAUUUCCAUAAAAGUGAUCCUGUUAAAUAUAACUACAAAAGACAAGCUGAAUCAUAUAAAAACAUGCAUACAUCGGCGAUUCGUCGAAAGUUAAAUACAAAAAAUAAUUACACCUUUCUAGAAAUGUUGGAAAAAAAAGAUUCAAAAGACAACAGUUAUACGACAAAAAUAGAAAGUGGAACUGGAUUUUCUGAAACAGUAAAAUCACAAAUAGAAAAAUAUUUGCAGCAAGCACAAAAUAAAAUUGAGAUUAAAAACCCGAUUCUAGUGAAUAUGGUAGACACUUCAAAUACAAAAGUUAAGGGUAUAAGUCCAACAGACUCGACAGACUUAACAAAAGAUGAAUCGGAAUCAUUACAAAAUUCUAAAACAGAAACCGAUAAUAAUGAUCAAAGUAUGAACUCUGUCGUAAUGUAUGAAAAGAAUCAUCACCUUGACGCGAAAGUAGAUCAAUUUUAUGAAAACCCAAAAGACUCAGUAGACUUAACGAUAGAUGAAUCACAAAUUUGUGAAAAUAAAACCAAUAGUAGUGAUCAGAUACGUAACUCUAUCGAUAGUGAAGAAAACCAGCUUCAAUUUAACGCAGAGAAAGAAACUAGCGUAAGUUUCAAUUCACCAAUACAGCAGAAUGAAAUAAAUUUACGAAGUUCAACAAAUCUUACACCACGCCAGUGUUUAAAAAUUAUGCCCUGUAACCAGGCUACAAAUAAAUUUGCUGAACCAUCCGAGCUCCAAGAACAGAACUCGAAAGAAAUAAUACUCAAAAAUACUAAUCAAAUGGUUAUGGAAAAACGACAAAACGAAAAUAAGAAAUAUUCAGUAACUAACUUGUUGCCAAGGUUUAACGCCACACCGUCUAAUGAAUUGCCUAUCUCUUUUAAUAAGAAUGAAGUGCAAAUAACUGUGCCAUUAAAUAAUCCACCAAGUUUUGAUGAAAAAGAACUCAUUCUUGAAAAUCCAAAUAAUUUUCACACUCACGGAGAUAAUAAUAAUUAUCAUUAUUCCGAAUCAAACACUUCUGAAAUGCCGACUUCGGAAGAAAACAUUGAGAAAAUUAAUACAUACUCGUUCGGGCAAACUGAGAAGUUUAAUAUUUGUACUGAAAAUUCUCGUAAACAAAAAGUCCAGAUUAUAAGUAAUCUCAAAGUAGAUUUUGAUAUUACUGAGAUAGUUUAUAAAAGAGACAAGCUAUCGCCUAAAUCAAAUGAAGUUGAUACUAAUACUAAGUAUAAUGAAAAUCCAAAAAUAUUUACGAGGGGGGCUGCUGACUUUGAAAUUUCAGACAAGGAUAGUUGCAAUAAAAUUACAACGCUCCAAAAUUCAACAUACAAAAGGCUUCAAUUGAAUCCUUGUAUGUCUGAUGAAGUAAAAAGGAAUUCCAAUUUCGUUCAAACUAUUAAAUCCAAUAAAGAUUUGAAGGGAAGUUAUUUGAAAAUGAAUAAUUUUGAAAAUAGUUUACCGUUACAAAAUGACGAUAAAUAUUGUAAUAAAGACAUAAUCUCUAGAGAUAAUAAAGAAAACACAUCUGUUAUGGAUGGAUUGCAGAAAUACGGAAAUACUAUCAAAAGGCAAAACAAUAGUAUUUACGAAAUACAAAAAUUUUAUAGAGGUUCAAGUUGUGAUAGCCAAAAUCCAAAUAUAGCCAAGAGUAGCAGAAAACAUAAAAUCAUUGACAGAGAUAAUGCACCUUCACACCAGUCACUAACGGUUGCAAAAGAGAAUAACGUAUUGCAAAAAGCAAUAGCCCGGCGAGACAACUUGUUGGAAAAAGCUACUAGCGAAAAUGAUUGCGAAAUUAAAGAAAAAACGCGAAGUCUAAAUAAACAGAUUCAAAAUUAUUCUACAGAAAGUGAAUCAUUUCAUUUUAACAUUGGUCAAAAUAUUGAAGAAGAAAGUCAACAAAUACGGACACUUAGGGAUAAGUUAAGUCAGUUAAAUCCUACAUUUGACUAUGACAUAAAUCAAAGCAGUGAUAAAAUUAUACCACCACCGCCAGAAUAUUGUGAUGAUAAUACGACCAAUUCAUCAACAUUCAGUGAUAAUUAUUUUUAUGAUCAAAAACUAAAACCUGAAAAUACACCAGACAAACGCUUUGCUUUCUUAAACAACCCUAAUUUGUCUAAGAAAGCAAAUAUAACACUGGAUAAGAUAAAAAAUAUCGAAUCGAUUUCUGACUGUAACGAAACAAUGCCAGAUGUGAAUAACGCUCAUGAUGAUAAAGAUACGAUGCUCUCUAAAGAUAAAUCAAUUAAUGUUUCUGUCAAGGAUAUAUUGCAAAAAUACAGCAAUACUUUUAAAAUGCAAAAACCAAGCAGUACUAAUAAUAAAUUUGAAACAAAAAUAAAUAAAUGUGAAAGUUCUGAUAAUAGUACAACACUCAUAAUGGCCAAGAAUACUAGAAAAUGUAAAAUCAGGGACAUCGAUAAGAUUCAAAUUCCUCUACCUCAGUCACUUAUAGUUGAAAAUAAUAAUACUGGAUCUCAAAAAAUUAUGACGCAACAACACAACACUGCAUCCCAAAACUGGAUAGCGCAACGGGAUAACAUGAAUGCAGAAGCUGCUUAUGCAAAACAUUGUGAAAUUCAACCACAGAACGAUGAUAAUAAACAAAUCAAAGACUAUUCAAUAUCUGAAAGUGAUAUUAAUAUUGAGCACGAUACAGUAGAAGAAGUUCUGAAAACACUUUCACCUGAUGAUGAUUAUAAUAUAAAUCAGACAAUAUUAAAUCCUAAGACUCUACUAGAAUGUAUGAAUAAGGUGGAUAAAGACAAAAUUACAAUGAGCCCGCCUAGAUUUUAUGAAGAUAAUGACGAUAAUACGAGUACAUAUUCGCCAACUUAUAUAUCAGAAAAUCAAAAUGCUGAAGAUACCACUACUCAAGGUUAUAAAGACUGUACACAAAAUGAUUUUGUAACAUUUGAAACCACUAACGUGUUUGAUAAUAAUAAUGAUUCUGUUAUUAACUUAACACCUUCAAAAGAAGUUGAAACUUGGACACUAUCGCAAGAAAGUGUUCAUAAUAGAUUGUAUGAUUCUGAUAUGUUAUCCUCUUGUCGUUCUUCUAAUACUUAUACUAUUCUGCGCAAAAAUUGUACUGAAAACAAUAGUGGAUCACACAAAUGUGCAUAUAAUCCUCGUAAUUCACGUCAAACAAAAUUAUCUUAUUUUAAGUUUGAACGUAAACGUCUAUAUAAGAAAAUAUAA